AUGAAUCCUGCAUCCACCAGGCAUGGGUCCAGGAAUGAGUCCAGGCGUGAGUCCAGCCGCCCAACUUCAAGACCUCGAGUCUUGGAUGUUUCUCCACCUUCGGAGUCUCAGGUGUUUGUUGCCUCGGUUGCACCUCACCAGGAAUCUUCAGUACCCGGAACACCAACCAGUGAGGGACCUUCAGUACCCGGAACACCAACCAGCGAGGGACCUUCAGUACCGGAAACACCAACCAGCGAGGGACCUUCAGUACCUGGAACACCACGCCGCCAGGGACCUUCAGUACCUGGAACACCAUCCAGCCAGCGAUCUUUUGUACGUGCAACACCAGGCAGCCAGCGACCUAUUGUACGUGCAACACCAGGCAGCCAGCGACCUAUUGUACGUGCAACACCAGGCAGCCAGCGACCUUUUGUACGUGCAACACCAGGCAGCCAGCGACCUUUUGUACGUGCGACACCAGCCAGCCAGCGACCUUUUGUACGUGCAACACCAGGCAGCCAGCGACCUAUUUGUAUUACUGCAGCAUCCGUGUUUUGUUUCAUCAUUGGUGGCGCCCAGGAGCUCUUUGUGGUCAUCAUGAUUCAGGAAACCUGCAUCGUUCUAUUUUUCAUCAUAAUCUAUUUGGUAACCCUUCAACAGACACUGCCCUGCAUCCACUGGCCGCUGCUCGAUCUGAUCAACACUGUCAUUUCAAUAGGAUUUAUUGGAAUAAUUGGCAUAAUAGUGAUGGAACAAAACUUUGGAGACAAAACUACAAAGGAUCUGUGCUAUACUGGAGCAAUCCUGUGCGUCUCGGCAGCAAUCGUGUGUGUCAUUGAUGCAUUGUUGGUUGCCGAGAAGAUGAGGCGCAAGGAGGAAAAUUCCCUGGCGAGGAGAACUAAGCCCUCUGGCACCCGACCGAGGCAGAAGCAGCGCUGA